CUCACGCGCACACACAGAGGCUGACGUCACGUGGCACCAACAGGAAGUGCGGCGUCUCCCGCGCACAGCGUCUCUGCGCGGGAAGCUUCCGGCUCGUGGACUCGUGGAUUUGUGUCUCCGUGGGAAACUUGGACAAAAUGUCUCAGGACGCCUGGUUACAGAAUUACGACGCCACGUGUCGCCUGGCACAGGAAAUAGCAGAAAACAUUCAUGAACGGAGCAGACAGCAGAGAACAGGGGGGAACCCUGCAAAGAUCAACAUGACGUUACGGGCGUCGCUGCAGAAGCUCAAACAGAAUAUCUCGCAGCUGAAAGACGGCCUGUUACGAGCGUCAUCGACCCGCCGCAUAAUGCAGUCAGAGGCCGACCGGAGGCAGAACCUCAUCGACGACCUGCUGACCCGAGAGAAACAGCUCAACGCCACCUUCAAGGGCGACAGCACCGAGCCUGGACCCUCCAGGUCGACGCUGAUGGCCGACGGAGGCGGAGCGAGUCGAGGCGUUGCGGCCAAUCCGUGGCUGGUCAACGAGACGGACGAGACCAGAGGGCUGGACUUUGGAGAGAUCAAACAGCAGCAACAACGAAUCAUUGAAGCCCAGGAUGCAGGCUUGGAUGCACUCGCAGCUGUCAUCAGUCGACAGAAAAUAAUGGGCCAAGAGAUCGGCAACGAGCUGGACGAACAGAACGAAAUCAUCGACGACCUCGCACACCUCGUGGACAAAACAGACGACCGGAUCCGUAACGAGACCCGAAGGGUGAAGCUGGUGGAGACGAAGUCGGCAUCCUGUGGGAUGCUGGUGGUCAUCGCCCUCCUCAUAGCCAUCGUGGUGAUCGCCGUGUGGCCCGUGUAGAGGACGAGGACGAGGACGAGCUGAGCUGGACACGCUGACUUCAAACAUCUCGUCCGUCUUCAGAUUCUCUUCUCACACUGACACAAACGUCCUUUAGCUGCUCAGUUAAGAAGUUUUGAACUCUGCAGAAGACUUUUUAAAAACUGAACAUGUUACCUGUCACCUGUCUGUCUGUCUG